AUGAUGACGUGCCGUCUGCUGUGCGCCCUGUUGGUGCUUGCCCUGUGCUGCUGCCCGUCCGUGUGCGUGAUGGCGAGUGCUGAUAAAACUGGAAAAAAUUCUGGUUCAAAGGUUGACGAGAAAGAGGGAACAGGUGAGGGGAUGGAAUCGCAUAGUACAACUUCUCCUUCGCCACAGAAAGGAGAGGAGGAGAAAAGGAAGGAGGUACAGGAACCAAAUAUGGCGCUUCAUACGUCACAGGAAACAGCUACAGUAACCGGAACGUCACAGUCACAAAAUACUUCCAGUAUUACACAGGAUCAGGAUCAAGAUGGUGGUGAGUCUAAUGGACGGACAGAACAUACGAAUGCCGUUACGGCAAAUGAGCAACAUAAGGAAUCUAAUGCACCCACCACGACGACCACUACAACAACGACAACGACCAAAACGACGACUACUACAACUACGACGACCACGACCACUACAUCACAGGCACCAACUACUACGACUACAGAGGCACCAACCACGACGACCACCCGCGCACCGUCACGUCUGCGCGAAGUUGACGGCAGCCUCAGCAGCUCUGCGUGGGUGUGUGCCCCGCUGGUGCUCGCCGCAUCCGCGCUGGCGUACACCACUCUGGGCUGA